UUAAUAUAAGACUAAUAAAUUACUACUAUUAUGGGAUGAGCCUCUGGACUCCAGGGAUACAAUGGGAGAACUUGGAUGUUUCUGUAACUGUUACUCCUGGGAUGUGAUAAAUUGUACAAUUGAACAUGCUGGGCCAUCUACAAGUUUUGAUGUCCAAUCAGCUGUCACACCUCCAUCCGUCAUGGAUGAAGACAUGGCAACUGCCACAAGUUUCCCCUUAAUGGAGGUCCAAACAGCACCUGUGAUGAGGAUGCCACAAACUAUAUAUAUAGUUCCACAAUUUGAUAUCCGGCAAAUUCUCACAAGCUCAACUGAAGGCAAACUAAUCCUGGAGAGCCUUGAUGAGGAGAAUUUGAUAACCAUUAAGCAGAGACGUUGCCUUGUCCGUAUUUUGGUGUCUUAUCUCAUGGAGAAGUUUGGAGACAGUCCUAGCUCUGAGACAAAAAAGUCCCUUGCUACAGCGUUGAUUGAGACCUUUCCCUGUUUGAAGGAUGAAUCCAGCAGUGGCAUUGGAGUCUGGUUCACCCCGGGGAGGAGCAACCAUCCUGCUACUGGAUUCCUCGAAGAGAGGCUUCGGAACAGCAGAAAGAGGGUGAGAUUACAGAGGAGAUCACAAGGCACGCAGCAGAGACUGCCACAAAACAAUGAAGACGGUGUCCGUAGGACAUGCAUUCCAGACUCUACCAUAUCAGAGGAAAAAGCCAUGCAGUUGAAAGAAUGGCUGAGACACAACUCACAGCCCCUCAGCAAAGUGGAACAAUACAUGCUGGAUACAGCAGUCUACAGGGCCAAGAUGAUCAGGGGAAACAAGUGGGACAUCCAGGAAGUCUGCCAAGAGUUCCCUCAUCUACUCACUCAAGGCAUGAUUGCACAAGACUUUGAGGUCUUACAUAGAGAGGCUGCACCCAAACUCUAUGAAACCUGGCUGCCGUUGUACGCUGAAAAGAUUCUGCACCUGGCAAGAAGGGAAGGGAAACUGACUUCUUCUCUAGAUGGAUUAACACCUGAUUGUUUGGGAGAACUUGCCCUGAGCCAGCUACCAACGCUCCUUCCACCAACUGUGUACAAAGUUGGGCGAAAGGUAUUCCGGCAUACCAUUGAGGAGUCCAAAUUGGCGUUUAUCCACCACAAGCCUGUUGGAACAAACUUGGUGGAAUACUUAAAUGAGGCAAAGGCAUCGCGACCAUACCCGUAUGUCCUCUCGUUGGGGAACAACAUAUGCCACACGUCUCAGGCCUUUGUCAUUGUCGCUGGAGAGGCUUUAGAGCAACAGUCACUGCUUCAAGCAGUCGAUGUCUGCUUUAAGGUAUUUUAUGUAUUUGACAUCGAGUACCCAAAGCAGUGUGCACCAGUUUGGGAGUUCCUCCAAAAUGGAGUGUACGGAAUGGAAGGAGAUGAGUCUAAACCUGUUAAGUUUUUACGUGCAGCAAUACUUGCUUGUAAAUAG